AUGAUGAAUAACUCUGAGUCAUCAAAUUCAAAUUCAUCAACGACAUUAUAUUCUUCAAUAACAACAAGCUCUUCAACUUCAACAACAUCAUUAUCUGCAACACCGAAAUCUACCAAUGAACUAUCGCCCAAAAAUGAAUGUUUUGCAAAAACUGCUCGUGAUCAAUUCUUUACAGACAUUAUAAAAAAUGAAAGAAAUUGGUCGGCCAAAUGCAUAAUAUGUGAAGAAACAGUAUACGAUAAUAUUGGUGUCACAUCUAAUGCUAAUCGUCACGUAAAGAAAAAUCAUCAAACUGAAUAUAAUGAAUGGUCUCAAAAAUUAAAACAAUCAGAACAACAACAACCAAAGUUAUUUGACUAUAUUUCCAAAAAAAGAAGAGUGUCAUCACCUUCAAAACAAUCAUACCCACCUAGUCAUCCACGACAACAACAAUUACAUGAUGCAAUUGUUCAAAAUUUAAUAAUUGAAGCUGGUCUUCCUUUAUCGUUAGUAGAAAGACCAGAAUUUGUAAAAUUUAUGUCUACUGUCGAUCCAAAAUUCAAGAAUAUCAGCCGGCGAACCUUAACAAGAACAACAAUUCCAUGUCUUUAUCGUAAAAUGAAUGAUAUGUUAAAGGAAUUUUGUGCAACAUCUGAAUAUAUAUCAUUAACAUUGGACAUCUGGACGGAUAGAAGAACGCGUUCGUUUUUCAGUAUCACAGGUCAUGCUAUUAUUAAUAUGGAAUUCAAGUCAUAUGUUUUAUGUUUUUUACCAUUGCAUGGAAGUCAUAAUAGUGAAAAAUUACUUGAAUAUUAUAAUUUAACUAUUAAUGAAUAUCAAAUACAAAAUAAAUUAUGCCGCAUUGUAACUGAUAAUGCAUCAAACAAUAUCAAAGCAUUCGAAGAUUUAAUUAUACCUGGAUUCGAAUCUUACUUUAAUGAUGAUAAUGCACCAGAUAGUGAUGACAGUGGUUCAGACCAAAGUGAUAAUGAUUCAUAUGACAACGCAACGACUUAUGUUCCAUCAUCAAUGAGCGAAACAUUAAAUGUUAUAGAAGAUAGUUUUGAUAAUUUAGCAUCAAAAAGUGCAUUACGAUUACCUUGUUUCGCUCACACACUACAGCUCGUCGUUCAAGAUAGACUAAAAGAAGCAACUUGUAUUAAACAAGCAAUCGUUAAAGUUUCUAAAACUGCAAAAUUAGCACAUUCAAGCAUAUCAUUUGCUGAAAAAUUAGAAAAUAUUGGUGCCAGUGUACCAAAAGCUAAUAAAACUCGUUGGAAUAGCCAACUUUAUACCGUGCAAAAGGUACUUGAAAUACCAUCAACACAAUUAAAUUCAAUGUUAACUGAAUUAAAAAGAAAAGACUUAUAUUUGGGAUUACGUGAUUUAUCAAUGUUAAAUGAAUUUGUAUCAUUACUAACUCUAUUCGGUGAAGCAACUACAGCUACUCAAGCUGAACAUUCACCAUCUAUAUCUCUUGUUGGUCCAAGCAUUGUUUCAAUUUACUACGACUUAAUUAAUGAACGAAACAAUCUUACUUAUACAACUACAUUUUGUAAUGCUUUACUUUCAUCAUUAAUUGCACGAUUUGGUGGUCUUCUGAAGUCAUUAAAUAUUGAAUUCGAUAUACCAAUACAAAAGAAAGGAACAUAUGAUUUAUACGAAGAUCCAAUAUUUCUUGUUUCAUCAUUUUUAGAUGGCAAGUUUAAAUUAAAAUGGAUUACAGAAUCUGGUCUUCCAGAAGAAAAAAAAAUUGAUGUUUGUACUAAAAUAAAAAAUCUUGUUUUUGAUCAUUGUGCUCUCUUACGAAAUGUAGCUAAUGAUGUAAGCGUUGCUGAAACACAUGAAAAAACUGAAGAAGAAGAAGUUAUAUCUAUUUCCAAUUCUAAAAGAAAAAGUUUGUUUUCUUAUCUUGAAAGUGAUAAAAAAAGAAAAAAAAUUAUAGAUCCAUUUCAAUAUAUUCGAGAUGAAAUUUCACGAUUUGUAGAAGAUGUCGGAAAUCAUAGUAUGUUAGUAUUUCGAAAGUCAUCUGUGUAUAAAACAUUGAGUCAACUAGCAAUAAAAGUUCUUAGUGUUCCAGCAACGUCAGCACCUGUAGAGCGUGUUUUCUCACAGAGUGGAUUUCUUUUGCGUCAGCAUAGAGCCUCAAUGUCGAAAACAACUCUACAAAUGCUAACAAUGUUAAAAUGUAACAGUCAUCUUGGAUAA